GUGAGAAGGAAAUAUUGACCAAAUAAAGGCCAUAAAACGAGGUUCCGUUCGACCUGUUUUCAAUACAUAUCUUAGGUUUGGCAGCAAAAAUGUAAGAGAAACAAGCGCACACAUGUGAUCACUGGGAAUGGAGAGUGGAGUGCAGAAGUGUUCCCUCGCCAGAGGGGACGGAGAGGUUCACAUCGGCGCAAGAAUGCAGCAAAACCAUGGGGAUUAUAAGCUGAUAUUUGAGAAGGAGGGGGUGUAUCUGCACACAAACGCCAAGAGGAGCAACCAGGACACCAGCAUUCCAGGCUUCAUCCGCAUCGUGGAGCGGGCUGGAGUGCCUGCGUUGGAGUGGUGCCCUCUGGAGGACGCGGGAAGCAGCGCGCCUGCUGUUUUAUACUCGAAGAAGGAUGGAGAAGGAGGGGUGGAGGACACAAAGUUUGAUCCGGGAUAUGAACCAGACUGGGCAGUAAUCAGCACCGUGAAGAAGGACCGGGAACAUGUUCCGGCAAAGCAGUCUGGUCAGUGGUCCUUCUCUCUGCCGCUCUCAGAGCUGUACUCCCUGCGAAGGGCGCGCUUCUCCUUGGGUCGAAACUUCCUGGUGUUGACCAGUCGCGGCGGUCACCCGCUUCCUCCUCUGCACUUCCACCGAGGAGGAACCAGCGACUUGCUGCGGGCGCUGCACAUGUACAUCACCCUGGACCCGUCACCAGUGGACGGACGGCUCUUCCUCGCUUAUCCUCUGGACCCUCGCGAUUCUGCUCAGGCCUUUGACAAGAUGAGCCUGCUGGAUGACAGCAGCGCAGAUUUUGUCACAAGACUGAUCCAUGACCCGUAUGCAACCACAUUCGGAGGAUUCUCCAAAGUCACCAACUUCUUCAGGGCAGCCCUUCGCCCGCCAGAUUCCCCCAACCACCACAGCCACCAGCACACUCGCCCCCCACGGGAUCCCAGUCUCCCCCCACAGUCUGAAGAGGAGCCUGGCUUUGAGCUCAUCACCUGUGGGGUGGAGCUUGGCCCGAGACCAGACGUGAGCAGGGGCCCGCCUCUGGAUAAAUGGCAGGAGUUUCUGGACCCAGAGGGCCGUGUGACUAACCCGGAGAAGAUCAAGGAGCUUGUGUUCAGAGGGGGAAUUGAACCCUCGUUCAGGAAAGAGGCCUGGAAGUUCCUGCUUGGCUUUUAUCCGUGGAACAGCACCAGUGAAGAAAGAGAGGACAUCCUGCGGGUCAAAACGGACGAGUACUUCAGAAUGAAGGUGCAGUGGAAGUCAGUGAGCGAGGAGCAGGAGAUGAGAAACACCCUCCUCAGAGGAUACAGGAAUCUGAUUGAGAGAGACGUCAACCGGACAGACAGACACAACACCUUCUUCUCUGGGGACGGCAACCCGGGCCUGACGCUUCUUCACGACGUUCUGAUGACGUACUGCAUGUACAACUUUGAUCUGGGUUACGUCCAGGGCAUGAGCGACCUCCUGGCUCCUUUGCUGUUCGUCACCCAGAAUGAAGUGGAGUCGUUCUGGUGCCUGAAAGGCUUCAUGGAGCUGGUGCAUCACAACUUCGAAGAGUCUCAGGAGGCCAUGAAGAGUCAGCUGUUGGAUCUCAGUGUCCUGCUCAAAGCUCUGGACCCAGAACUUUGUGACUUCCUGGAGUCUCAGGACAGCGGCUCGCUCUGCUUCUGCUUCCGUUGGCUGCUCAUCUGGUUCAAGAGAGAGUUCUCCUUCGAGGACAUUCUGAUCUUGUGGGAGGUUCUCUGGACUCGACUUCCGUGUGACAACUUCCACCUGCUGAUCGCCUGCUCCAUCCUGCAGUCGCAGAGAGGAGAGCUGAUCGGCUCGGACCACGACUUCAACACCAUUCUCAAGCACAUCAACGAGUUGACGAUGAAGCUGGACCUGCAGAGCAUUUUAUGUGGCGCUGAGGCCAUUUACCUGCAGCUGGUGCAGUGUAAGGAGCUUCCCCUGAAGGUGCAGCAGGUCCUUGGCCUCUACGUCCCCGCCAGCUCCUCUGACGCGAGUCCCGACUCGCAGGCCGACGAGACCGAGCCUUUGCUCAACGGCUCCCAGGCAGGAGCCUCAGCGUGCAGUGCCCCGCCUGGUCCUGCUCCCUCCUGCCCCUGAAUACAGUUUGUUGUGGAGCCACAAGGAAAUGAAGGAGACUCUUCUCUAUGUCAAAGCUCUAUAUUGUGUUAACGAUCAAAUUUUAGCGCGCUGUGGCGGCCAGUGGGGUGGAGGUGUUUGAAGGAUUACAUUUAAUUUAACUUUGUCCCGUGCGUGUAUGUGUUUUUCAUCACACCUCUGUUUGAUGCUGCUCCUUGUUUUCUACUUUUUCCACUGUGAGUCACUUAACAGUUUUAUUUUCCCGCCUCCCCGCCACUGUAUCCAAAGAGGGAAGUCCGAAGACGCCGCAGCUUCUGACCUAUGCAAUUGUUUUUUGCAUGCUUGUUUAUCUCUUUACAGAUACUUUACCGUUGUAACAUUUUCAACCAAAUAAACGGUUCACACCCGA